GUCUCCAGCGUAAACAAUACUGCUUCUAUACCAUUUCCUAGAUUAUAUAUUUUCGGGUAAACCCUCACCGACAGGUUCCAAUUUUUGGUCUCUAGUGUGUACCAGUAAACAGGUGAAAGUCGACACGAGACAGAAUUCUAGCUCAAAGUAUGAUCCAGUAGUAGUCAUUACCAGAAUAAAUACAAUGGAACCAAGUGUAGAGAGUUUGUAUUUUCCAGCUUUGUCACAAGGCAUCAGUAAAGAAUGGGCUGAAGGUCAUUUUGCUGAUUUAGAAGUCAUUGUUGAAGGGCAAAAGUUCAAAUGUCAUCGUAUCAUUCUGGCAGCAAUGUCUCAAUAUUUCUCAACGAUGUUUACUUCUGGUUUCAAAGAAAGCACAGAAAAAUCAGUAGAAAUAAAGGGUAUGAAAGGUGAUGCUUUCCAUUUGGUCUUGGAAUACAUCUACACAGGAAGGAAUAUUGUAAGCAUAGAUAAUGUUGUACAUGUUCUACAGUCGGCAUCCAUGCUACAGAUCAAAACUCUUCAAGAUCUUUGCAAAAGCUUUUUAAGAAAGAAUCUAUCUGUUGAAAACUGCAUAGGAUUUUGGAGAUUGACAUUCCUAUAUAGUCUUGAAGAUUUACAGGCUCUGAUGUGGAAUUUUCUUGUAAAGAAAUUCCCUGUUAUAGUUAACUGUAUGGAGUUCUUGUCAUUACAUGAAGGUGAGCUUCUCAAGAUUAUUGAUGAUCAAGAUCUAAAUACUCCAUCAGAGGAGUUUGUAUGCGAAAUGGUAAUGAAAUGGUACACAGCCAAUAAAAAUAUCAAUAGUGAGGUACUUGUAGCCAUUUUUGAACAUUUAAAGUUCAAGUUAAUGGAUGAAAAGUAUGUCAGAAACUUAAUGACCAAGUUUUCCGACCUUUCUCAAAUUGGUCCAAUAAAAACCAUGAUGGAACAGAGAUUAUUAGCAGAGCUUAAUGCAGAUAUGUUAGAAUCUUCUUACAGAAAGGAAGAAAUAUUUUGUAUGGUGGGUACUCGUAGUCGGAUGCCUGAUCCCUCCAAGACAGAAGUUCAAUGUUAUAGCUAUCAAGACAAGAAGCAGUUCCAUUUGGCUCCAUUACCUAUUGAGCCUGGUCCCUGUUUUGCUGUUUGUACACUCAACAAUGAUAUCUACAUAUCUGGGGGCUAUAACCAACAACACCUGGUCUUACACUUCAGCUCAAAACUCAACAAAUGGGACCAGUACAACUGUAUCCAAGAUGCAAGAUGGGGUCAUGGCAUGGUUGCCAUUGAUGGAUAUAUUUAUCUCAUUGGAGGAAUGUCCAAAACCAUGGAUACUUUAUCUAGCAUAGAAAGAUACAAUCCUAAUACCAACACAUGUGAAAAAGUUGGAAAUCUGCAGCAAGCCAUUGCAUCUAUGACAGUAGCAGUAAAAGGAUCAAAGAUCUAUACUUUUGGCGGAAAACAAAAUGAUCGUAAUGCUUCUCUUUUGAUCCAGUCAUUUGAUGUCACAGAAGGGGAAACUAAGGUUAUUGGUGAAUUGCCAUCAACUUAUUCUGGAGGUGUUGGGAAGACGGUCACAUUUGGAGAAGAUAUCUUCAUAAUAUUUAGAGAAGGAAAUAUUGCUCAGUUUAGUGAAAAAGAAGGCACAGAAAUGGUAGGGUUUUCUAAGAGAUUUGAACAUUUUGGAACUAUUAUGAAGGAAAAUAAAAUCUUGAUUAUAGGAUGUGCAAGUAGCAACUUCACUUCUUACUCGUUUGAUCCUGUUUUUAAGAAAAUUGAAGAAAUACCAUCUGAAUUCAAAGCACCCAUGUGUAACUUUCACCUUCUCAGAGUGGUCUUGAGCAAGAAAUAUCUGGUUAAUUAAUUGAUAUGCUUGUAGGAAUCCUGAACUGUUUUGUAUCUUUCUAUUUAACUUGAGUGAUAGUAAUAUUAAUUUAAUGUAGUUUUGAUGUACAUGUAUAUAUAUAAUGUUCAAGAAAAUAUGUAAAACAUAUUGGAAAUCCACACAAUCAUUUUUACUUUUAUGAAUGCAGGGUUGUAAUACUUUGUUUAGUAAUAAAAUGGACAUUCUUUUAAUGUAAGUACUAGUCAAGUUAACAUUGAAUGGUUCUCUCGUGUUCUACUGAACAACAUGAUUGUGUGACCAGUGGCAGAUCCAGAAAUUUUCAUAAGGGGGGCCCACUGCACUGACUGCUAAAAAGGGGGCCCGCUCCAGUUAUGCUUCAGUGAUUCCCUAUAUAAUCAACCAAAUUUUUCCCACAAAAGGGGGAUCCCGGGCACCCUGGCCCCCCCUAAAUCCGCCUCUGGUGACAAUUAUUUUAUCAUCAUUCAUGUACUUCAGAAGUAUAAGACUUGUUAAAAAUAGUUGAUAUUUUAUAACUUUUUUAAGAUUUGAAAUAGAGUAUAUAUUAGUAAGCUUAAUUGUGGGCUUUUCGACUCUUUGUUGUCUAAUUCUACAUUGUUUCGAUCUGUACAUGAGUAAGAGCAGGGGUUUAAAUUAGUGAGCAAAAUCUCACCUGUUAUGUCUAUGGUCUUGUAUUUGUUCAUUAGUAAAUUAAUAAACAGAGUGGCAGGCAACAUACAAUAGAUAUAGGAAGAUGUGGUAUAAGUGCCAAUGAGACAACUCUCCAUCCAAGUCACAAUUUGUAAAAGUAAACCAUUAUAGGUCAAAGUACGGCCUUCAACACAGAGCAUUGGCUCACACCGAACAGCAAGCUAUAAAGGGCCCCAAAAAAUUACUAGUGUAAAACCAUUCAAACGGAAAAACCAACGUCUAAUCUAUAUAAAAACUAGAAACGAGAAACACGUAUGAACUACAUAAACAGACGACAACUACUGUAAUCAGAUUCCUGACUUGUAUGUUCCCACUAAAAAAGUUAUUAAUCCAUCAAAUUGAAUACUUAAAAAAAGAAUAAUAUGAAUUAGUUAACAUAUUGGACAGUACAAAAGACCACACCCACCAUCAACUCCUGACUGCUCCUACAAAAAGUUGUAAAUCUAUACUAGUCUUGUUUUUGUUUCCAUAAUUUUCAGUAUGCAGAUUUGGUUUUAAAAAGGAUUUUAUUUAUCUAUCUAUGAAACUCUUUGAGAAUUAUAAUUUAUGACCUCUAUGGAAUCUACUUUUUUUUCUUGUAAGAUUUUAUAAUACAUAUAAAGUUGAAUGGUUUUGAACCCUUAAUUUCUGCAAUAAUUUUAAUAAUGUUAACUUACUCAUGUUACUUCGAGGUAGUGAAAACAUGUUAAAAAAAGAAAAUAAAGAGAGAGUAAAAUUCAAUACAUCAAUCAAUAAGAAAAUAUAAAGAUCUGAAACAUUGCCAUAAUAAUGAAUUUGCAUAAUAUUGAAUUUUUUUUAUUUUAUAUUUUUUUAUCUUUAUUAUUUACUAUUUAUUUCCAGUAUGUUUUGAGGCAUUUUCGUUAUACCUUUUCCCUUAGUUUAUAAUUUUAUCUGGAAGAAAAAUUAUCUUUUGUACUAAUAAUUUUUUGUUGUUUUUGAGUUAUAACUGUAACUUGAAAGUUUGUGUAAUAUAUAUAUAGCACUGCCAUUAACAUAGAAUAUGGGAACUUUAUGUUUACCUGUAGUUCAUCAAUCUCAUGAUUUUAUUCAGUGACAGAUUAUGCCAGAAUUGUAAUAUUUCAACAAUUUUAAGGUUCAAAGAGAAUGAAAUUCAUUAUUUGUGUCUUCCCUGAGAGAUUUAAGCCUGCUGUUGUGGACAGCAUAAAUAUUGGUGAUUAAAUCAGUUAAAAGGGGAAAUCUCAUUUUCAUGCAUAUGGAGAUUAUUGGACAUGUCCUCUUAGUUAUAGUCCGUUGACUGGAUUUUUUAUUUUGAUACUUUUAACAUUCUAAAAAUGUGAUUUUAAGGGGAACAGCUAUCGGUAAGUCACGACGUUUGGUAUGCAGUGGUAGUGUAGUAGCAUUGCCACAUCUAAGUUCCAUGUAGAUUAUUUUGGCACCACCACCUAUGUCAUUGUCCAUUGACUUUGAAAGUUGCAUAGUUUACAUCUUACAGUAUGGCCAUUUAAAUUUCAACAUUUGCAUUAUACACGUGAAAUUAUGUACAGAGGAGACAUAUUAUCUGUGUAACAGUUUUAUUCGUAACAUUUUUUCUAAAACCAAUUCCUUUAUAAGAUUUUUUUGUUAAGCUUAAGUCAGUAGAGGUUCUUACAGAUGGUAUAACAUGUGUUUUUAAAGACAGAAACUCAAACAUUGAAAUGAUUCUAAUGCAUCAAAGAUCAGUUUGAAUCAGUCUAUACAUAUUAUAAUGAUACAGAAAUGUUUAUAGCAAGGAACAGCUAAGAUUUCACUAAAAAGUACAAUGAUAACUACAGCCUAUACAAUUUUACCACAAGUAACCUUAGAAUGUAUUAGUUAUAAUUAAUAUGGGCAUGAUUUCAUGUAGAAUUGUAAUUUAAUUAUAUGUGACAUCAAGCUGAUGUCGUGUGUUAUAUUCAGCAAAUUUUGUUAUAGCAGACAUGAUAAAUUUGUGCGGUUCAAAGGAUGAACCAUUAUUCCUAGUUAGAGGUUUCACAGAAUGUUAAAGCUAAACCUUACAGGAAACAUUAAAAUAUAAAAAAAAAAUAGUUUUACACAUCUUUCACAUUUUUUUUUUAAUGCACACUAGGUGUCCUUUUGAUUUAACUUUGCCAUGUGUUCUACUACAUGUACUAUACCUGCAUAUUCUCAAAUAGUUUUGUGAUACUUUCAUAGAAAUCCUGUUUCAUUUAUACUUGAUAUAUGUAAUCAAAAUUAAAAAAUGCUACUCAUAGUUAUUUCAAUUUUAUUUUUUAUUUGAUGCAUUCAUAUACAAUUUGUAUACAUUAAAUUAAUUUUGUUAUAUAUUUGUAUCCAUAUUACAUUUUAUGCUUAAUAUUUUAAUUGUUAAGAUUAUGUAAUUUUGGGAAUAUUUUUUGUUUAUUUUUGUAUUUUCAGGACCAACUUAUCUUUGGAAAUUCUUGUUAACCCUAUUUUCAAAAGAGUAUACAUUAACAUCAAUUUGUUUACAUUGUAUUAUUCAUUAGUAAAUAAAAUCAGUAUACAAUUCUAAACCUUGUUGUGUACAUCCACGUUCUUUGGUCUCUGGUUGAUUGUUGUUUCAUUGGCAUUUGUACCACAUCUUUUUAUUUUCAUAUAAUUGGAUGAAAGCAUUUAAUGACAGAGCUUUAAUUAAGAUUAGUAGAUAAUGCAAAUUGAUUAAGUCACCAAUAUGUAACUGAUCACAAAACUUCACCAAAAUGUCCAUGGAUUAAAAUGUUGGUCAUGAUAACCUAAAGGACAAGGUUCACUUAUGGCACAAAAUGGCCUAAAAUGUCAACUUUAUCAUAAAACACCAAAAAGGUCACAAAAUAGUUCGUAAAUGGGUCCAUUUCUAAAGCCUUUCUGCUAAAUAAAUCAGUUCUUUUCAUAAAAGUACAUAAUAUUCUCAAAAGUAAGCCCAUUUAGGACAUUUUGUCAAAAUAUGAUGAUUUUGGGCAAAACUGCAGACCUAAAAGCUUUAGAAAAACCUUGGCUGCCACGCCACCUAGGACCAAAAUGUUUUGUAACCAAAAGAUUCCAAUUUUGAUAUAGAAUUCAUUAAUAUAAAAACUUUUUGGAUCGUGGAUGGCGGCCCAGGUUAAUUAUGCCAAAAACAAUUAAAAUUAUGGAAAAAAUUACCAAAAUUGACCUUUUAAUACAAAUAAUGUUUAUUUAAGGGGUCAUAGCUUCAUAAAUUUUAAAGGAAGGUGCCCAAAAAUAUAUAUUUUUGUCUUAAUAGUAUUAUCAUAAGUAUUUCUAUGGGAAAUUUGUAAUUUUUUGUCCCAAUUUAAAAAACAUCAAAAAUUUAAGGCCAAUUUUAACCCUUCGUGAACCUCUCCUUUUACUAAUGCUGUUCUUUGUAGGUUCUUUUUCAUGCCCAUCCAAGAUUUUAUCCUUGGGGAGAUAAGUGAGAUGUUAGCUUUAUUCAAUAAAGAAUCAUAUUUCAAAGGUUAAAAAGCUGGAUAGUCCAUAUCUUGUAUGCAGAAGCCUCAUUGUGUGAUGUUGACUCCUGGAAUAUGUCUGUUGGUCUUGACCUCAUUUUCAUGGUUCGAAGACUGCAUAAAAAACUAUGAUUUUUAACUUACUUCUUUUAGUUUUUUAAGUAUGGUCGACUUUAUUUGGCAUAUAGAGUCAUUGCAAGGUAUGCAUGCCUGUAAGACGGGGUUUACAUGACCUUGACAUAAUUUCAUGGUUUAGUGAUCAACAUUAUAAAUUUUGUCUGAUUGAUUGAUUGCUGCUUUCUUAAAGUCCUGUGGUAAAUAUUCUAUGUAUAUUCAGGAUAAGAACAAAUUAACAAUAAUACAAAAGGUAGGUGGACCAGGAUUAAGGAUGGAAAAAAAUAGUUUACCACUAGAAAAGGUAUGUUGGAUGAGGGUAGUUCUUUUGCCUUACAAUAGGCCACCUUAGAACUCCUCAGAGAGUUGUUGCAAUGAUACUUUGAUGGCAGAGAGCCUAACACUAAUCCUAUACAUGAAUCAUUGGAUUUAACAUCUCUAUUUUGUACAGACUUGUACUGAUGGAAGGGGAAAAUCCAUAUUUCUAUACCCCAAUCAAUCCUUUGGUGGAUGCGUAUCUGGCUUCAGCUGGCCUGCUAUUAAAAUAUUCAUAUAACGCUUUAUAUUUUAAAGUAGGGGAUGCCUGACGUUUCUCGAGUUUCCACCUGAAAUAUGUACGUUGUCCUUAAAUUUACCUCAUUUUCAUGGUUCUUUUACUGCUUAGAAAACAAAAUUGUCUAACCACAGACUCAAUUGAAAUCAACGUUGCCAGAUGCAUUCCUAUGAAGAUUAUUAACAAGCAUUGUUACUGUGACGCUGAUUGGAAAUUCAAAAUGGCAACAGGCAUAGGUCAAAGUUUACAGUCAAAACCUUAUGUAUUUACAUUUUGCUUCUCUUUUCAGGAACAGAUGAAAUGAAAUGAAAACUAACCAUUCUUAAAGGUUACCAAUUCAAUGCUGUAAUUAGAUCUUUGAAUAUUGUUUUUAUUGGUAUAAAUAUUGAUUUUGUUAUCAGUAAAUUAAAACGAUACUAAAUAUUA